UUUGUAACUAAACGUCAGUCUAUGUGGAAGUGAGGUAAAGAAGGCGUAUCGCUUUCAAUUGACAAUUGACAAGCUUUUUGCUUCGAUUCUCAAAUAAUUUGAAUAUUAGUAAAAGUUAGCAAGAAGACACCAUAGGCCUUAAACAUUGAUCCAAGUAGAUCUUAAUAAAGUAUCUUUCCGAAAAUCAAGAUGACAGACUCAAAAUAUUUUACUACUACAAAAAAAGGUGAAAUAUUUGAACUUAAAUCAGAAUUGAAUAAUGAUAAGAAAGAAAAGAAAAAAGAAGCUGUUAAAAAGGUAAUUGCAUCCAUGACAGUGGGCAAAGAUGUAUCUGCGCUAUUUCCCGAUGUUGUUAAUUGUAUGCAGACAGAUAAUUUGGAAUUAAAGAAAUUGGUUUAUUUGUAUCUCAUGAAUUAUGCUAAAAGUCAACCAGAUAUGGCCAUCAUGGCUGUCAACACAUUCGUUAAGGAGCUAGCGACAUCUCCGAUGACAAAGGACUGUGAGGAUCCAAAUCCACUGAUUCGAGCAUUAGCAGUUCGUACAAUGGGGUGCAUACGUGUUGACAAGAUUACUGAAUACCUCUGUGAGCCAUUGAGGAAAUGUCUGAAGGACGAGGAUCCAUAUGUUCGUAAAACGGCCGCUGUAUGCGUAGCCAAGCUUUACGACAUUAAUGCUGCUUUAGUUGAGGAUCAAGGAUUUUUAGAUCAAUUAAAAGAUCUUCUAUCUGAUAGCAAUCCUAUGGUUGUUGCUAAUGCAGUAGCUGCACUAUCAGAAAUUAAUGAAGCUAGUCCUAGCGGACAACCUUUAGUUGAAAUGAAUGCUCAAACUAUCAACAAACUUCUCACAGCUCUUAAUGAAUGCACAGAAUGGGGUCAAGUUUUUAUAUUAGAUUCACUGGCGAAUUAUUCACCAAAAGAUGAUCGUGAAGCUCAAAGCAUAUGUGAACGUAUUACUCCACGUUUAGCGCAUGCAAAUGCUGCAGUUGUUCUCUCUGCUGUUAAGGUUCUUAUGAAACUGAUGGAAAUGCUUCAAUCAGAAUCUGAUUUUGUUGGUACUCUUACAAAAAAGCUUGCCCCGCCUCUUGUUACAUUACUCAGUUCUGAACCUGAAGUUCAAUAUGUUGCAUUGAGAAAUAUAAAUCUUAUUGUACAAAAAAGACCAGAUAUAUUGAAGCACGAAAUGAAAGUUUUCUUUGUUAAAUAUAAUGAUCCAAUUUAUGUUAAACUUGAAAAAUUGGAUAUUAUGAUACGUUUAGCAUCACAAGCCAAUAUUGCCCAGGUUUUAUCUGAAUUAAAAGAAUAUGCUACAGAAGUUGAUGUAGAUUUUGUUAGGAAAGCCGUCAGGGCCAUUGGACGUUGUGCCAUAAAAGUCGAACCUUCUGCGGAACGAUGUGUUUCCACAUUACUAGACUUAAUUCAAACAAAGGUUAAUUAUGUGGUUCAAGAAGCCAUUGUCGUUAUUAAGGAUAUUUUUCGUAAAUAUCCAAAUAAAUAUGAAAGUAUAAUUUCAACACUUUGUGAAAAUUUAGAUACUCUUGAUGAACCAGAAGCACGUGCUUCUAUGAUUUGGAUAAUUGGAGAAUAUGCGGAACGUAUUGAUAAUGCAGAUGAAUUGUUGGAAAGUUUUCUUGAAGGUUUUCAUGAUGAAAAUACACAAGUGCAAUUACAACUAUUAACAGCUAUUGUCAAAUUAUUUUUGAAAAGACCUACAGAUACUCAAGAAUUGGUGCAACAAGUACUAAGUUUAGCUACACAAGAUUCAGAUAAUCCAGAUUUGAGAGAUCGUGGAUUUAUAUAUUGGCGAUUGCUCAGCACUGAUCCAGCAGCAGCUAAAGAAGUUGUACUAGCCGAGAAACCUCUUAUUUCAGAAGAAACAGAUUUAUUGGAACCAACAUUGCUAGAUGAACUGAUCUGUCACAUUUCUAGUUUAGCGUCUGUAUAUCACAAACCACCAACUGCAUUUGUAGAAGGUAGAGCAGCUGGAGCUAGAAAAUCUUUACCUGCUAGAAGUAAUUCAAAUGAGGAUUCAGGGCAACGUACUACUACUACUACUUCUCAGCCUCAUGCUCAAGUUAUACUUGCACAGGACUCAUUGAUAGGUGAUCUUCUCAGUAUGGACAUUGGUGGACCAACUAUAGUACCUCCAGCACCAGCUGCACAAUCAGGAUUAGGUUUAGAUCUUUUAGGUGGUGGUUUAGAUGGAAUUUUAGGUAGUAAUGAUGGAGCUGCAAGUACUACAGCACCAGUUGUUUCUCAGAGUACAACAGGAUUAUUGGGAGAUAUUUUUGGUUUUAAUCAAGGACCUACAUCUUAUAUACCACCUAAAGUUAAUUGGCUGCCUGCAGAAAAGGGUAAAGGUUUUGAUAUCUGGGGUACAUUUUCAAGGAAGAAUGGUCAAAUCAGUAUGGAUAUGACAUUUACAAAUAAAGCAAUGCAACCUAUGGGAGGAUUUGCAAUUCAGCUUAAUAAAAAUAGUUUUGGUUUAACACCAGCAGCACCAUUGCAAGUACCAAGUCCUUUAGGUCCAGGAGCUAGCAUUGAAACCAAUGUAAUUUUAUCGACAGCAGGAGCAGUGCAACGCAUGGAACCUUUAAAUAAUUUACAAGUUGCCAUAAAGAAUAAUAUUGAUGUAUUUUAUUUUGCAUGUUUAGUCCCUAUGAAUGUAUAUUUUACUGAAGAUGGGCAACUGGAUAAGAGAGUAUUUCUUUCAACUUGGAAAGAUAUUCCUGCACAAAAUGAGGUCCAGUAUACAUUAAGCGGUAUAAUAUUGACUGCUGAUCAGGUAGUACAAAAGAUGCAACAAAACAAUGUUUUCACAAUUGCCAAAAGAAAUGUAGAAGGACAAGAUAUGCUUUAUCAAUCUUUAAAAUUAACAAAUAAUGUAUGGGUACUAAACGAAUUAAAAAUUCAGCCAGGCAAUCCUGAUGUUACGUUAUCGCUGAAGUCUCGAUCCGUCGAAAUCGCACCUGGAGUUUUUCAAGCAUAUAAUGCAAUAUUGCAUUCUUAAGGGUUUAAGUAAUUGUGUUAACAUUAACACUACAGAAAAAUAUAGUAAAAAUGUUAAUGAAUACUUGUUAAGCAAUUUAUAAAAAUGACAUGGAACGUGUAAUGCAUACAAUAAUCAAUCAUGAUGUAAAUUAAUAUUUAAUUGUUAUAAGCUGCUACAUUUAUUAAGAUUAUCUCUGACAUAAUUAGAAAUAAAAAAAAUUAAUGAUCAUAUAA